CAUUGCCUUUUCUUUCCAACCUCCACAUCUCCUUCCACACUCCUUUGCACUUCGUCUGCAGACGGCCACGGCCACGGCAACGGCAACGGCAGGCACACGAUGAAGGUCACUUCGCUUUUGGCGCUUGGUGCCGCCGCUCUGGUAUCCGCAGAAGAUGACGCCCCAUCAGCAGUCGACGCCCCAUCAGCAGCCGACGCCUCGCUGCCCCAAUUCACACCAACCACCCUGAAGGCACCCUUCAUUGAGCAGUUCACCGACGGCUGGGACGCUCGGUGGAAGGCUUCACACGCUAAGAAGGAGAACACCAAGGAGGAAUGGCAGUAUGUGGGCAACUGGGCAGUCGAGGAGCCCACCGUCUUCAAGGGCAUCGCCGGCGACAAGGGCCUGGUGGCCAAGGACAAGGCUGCCCACCACGCCAUCUCUGCCAAGUUUGACGAGCCCAUUGACAACAAGGGCAAGUCUCUGGUUAUCUCAUAUGAGGUCAAGUUCCAGCAAUACCUCGAGUGCGGUGGUGCCUACAUGAAGCUCCUCCAGGAGAAUGCCGCUCUGGCCUCCGACGAGUUCUCCAAUGCUUCGCCAUACAUCAUCAUGUUUGGUCCAGACAAGUGCGGUGCUACUAACAAGGUCCACUUCAUCUUCCGCCACAAGAACCCAAAAACUGGCGAAUACGAGGAGAAGCAUUUGGAAAGGGCCCCACCCGCCGAGAUUGAUAAGCUGUCCAACCUCUACUCCCUCAUCGUCCGUCCAGACCAGACUUUCGAGCUCUUGAUCAACGGCGGCAGUGUGAAGAACGGCUCCCUCCUCGAGGACUUCGUCCCACCUGUCAACCCACCAGCUGAGAUUGACGACCCAAAUGACAAGAAGCCAGACACCUGGGUUGAUGAGGCCAAGAUCCGCGACCCAGAUGCCACCAAGCCAGAGGACUGGGACGAGGACGCGCCGUACGAGAUUGUCGACGAGGAGGCCACCAAGCCAGAGGACUGGCUCGAAGAUGAGCCGCUCACCAUUCCAGACCGAGCUGCUGAGAAGCCAGAGGACUGGGAGGACGAUGAGGACGGUGACUGGAUCCCACCACAAAUCCCCAACCCCAAGUGUGAUGAGAUAUCUGGCUGUGGCCCAUGGGAGAAGCCAAUGAUCAAGAACCCAGCUUUCAAGGGCAAGUGGUCCGCUCCUAUGAUUGACAACCCAGAGUACAAGGGUGUCUGGGAGCCACGGAAGAUCGCCAACCCAGAUUUCUUCGAGGACAAGUCGCCAUCCGACUUUGAGCCAAUGGGCGCUAUCGGCUUCGAGCUUUGGACGAUGAACGAGGAUAUCCUCUUUGACAACAUCUACAUCGGCCACGACGAGGCUCAGGCCAAGGCCUUCAAGAAGGAGACCUGGGACAUCAAGCAUCCAUCGGAGCUGGAGGCUGAGCGGGCUGGUUUGCCAGCUGGGGACACCAAGAAGUCUCCAAUGGACCUUGUCUUCAUGGAGGACCCAGUUCUCUACAUCAAGGAGAAGACCGCUCUCUUCCUUGAGCUCGUCCAGAAGAACCCAGUCGACGCUGUCAAGUUCGUUCCGGAAGUGGCCGGCACGAUCGCUCUCGCCAUUAUCACCAUUCUCCUCGUCGUUUUCUCCGUCGGCUCCUCCGCCGCCCCAAGCAAGGAAGAGUUGAAGGCAAAGGCCGAGAAGGCCAAGGCUGCCGCACAAAAGACUAAGGAUGAUGUCGCAGAUGCUGUUGCGUCGGGCGCUGACAAGGCCAAGGAUGAGUUGAACAAGCGCACCACCCGCAGCAGUGCGCAAUAGUCAAUUCGCAUCAGGCGCGUGAGUGCAGCAAGCAGGAGCAUGGCUUCAGAAAACGAUGUACUACAAAGCAAGCAUCUUUCUUGAGCGAUUUUGGGAGAGCUGUCCUUGGGAUCUGUAGAGAAGCAUUCCGAUAAAUCACGAUACCUCGUAUGACUCGCAGCCACC